AUAAUACAAUUGCUGCUAAAAAAAUCGGCCUCUAUCAAUGCCUUGUCGCCAAAUGGCACAACCCCAUUAAUGAUGGCAGCUGGCUAUGGUGGUCCCGAUUCUGUAGCGCUUUUACUCCAAGCCAAAGCAGAUACCAACUUAAAAAAUGAAGCAGGUUUAACCGCGCUAGACUUUGCCCGCCGAGCCAAUAACGACAAAGAUACAGAUGAAGGCUGGAUGCGGGUUGCACUCCAGCAAGCCAAGCUAGGGUUAGAGCAAGCAGAAGUGCCCGUAGGUGCAGUUGUUGUGUAUGAAAACAGGCUUAUAGCCAGCGCUUACAACAGCCCAAUUACGAACCACGACCCUUGUGCGCAUGCUGAAAUUUCCGCAUUGCGUGCUGCGGCCAAUGCACUUGGCAACUACCGCUUACCCCAUUGCACACUUUAUGUGACGCUAGAGCCUUGUGUCAUGUGUGUAGGUGCAGUGGUGCAAGCCCGCAUACAAAGGCUAGUAUUUGGGGCAUAUGAACCCAAAACUGGUGCAGUGAAUAGUUUGUUUACCUUGCUGGACAAUCCACUCUUUAAUCACCACACACGAGCAGUCGGCGGCGUUUUGCAAGAAGAGAGUAAAGCAUUGUUGCAACAAUUUUUUAAACAACAGCGCAGUAAGCACAAAACAGUUAAAAAAAAUCAGACACCAAGCACCUAA